AUCCUUGUUUCAUACUUGGACAACCUCUGUUGCAUCUUUUCACCAGCUGCACUGGGUCAUACUGGUGUCCCUGGCAGGAUGAGCAGCAGUCCUGCCCUUCGUCUGAAGGGACUGCAGCAGUACAAUGCUUGUGUAUAGCUAGCACGCAAUAUUCACGAUUUAGUCUUUCAGGACUUGAGAUACGGGCCUAAAGCCAAAAGAUGGAGCCUGACCCUUUGGAUAUUGACUCUGGCGCAUUCAAGAGAAGUAUCAGCCAUCAUCUCCUUGUCUGGAUCUACUCUAUCAGCCCGAAUGCAGCACCUCAGUGUGCCUCUUGCGCGUUCAGUGGAUUCCCUGCCUGGACUCUGGAGGAAUGGGACGCGGUUGCUUGCGGGAGACCUGCACUGGAUUCAGACGCUGAUAUGAGGGGCUGAACCUUGGACAGGACCUUCCCAGCCCUGCAGCAGCCCGGCUUUGCUGAACAGGUCGGAGCAGAUGCAGUCCUUGCUGAGGGCAGGCUAAGGAGCCCUGUCUUUCCCUGCUGGUGCUCCCAGGCAGGGGUAUAAGAAAAGAUGAAGUAAGAAACCACCUCUGUAGCCUACAGCCAGGCUGGUGAGCCAUUGGCACUUACAGAGAUUGAACUAUCACAGAGAACAAGCUGCACUGCAUUUAGUGAGUAGUUUGGUGCUGGCCAUCAGGAAAGACCAACCUCCGUUAGAGCCAUGAGGAAAACUGCAGCCAAUGGGGCCUUGGCAGGGCCUGAAGAGCUAAAAGAGGAGGAAAUGGAAGAGAGAGGCCAGUGGAGUAACAAAGCAGAGUUUGUCCUGUCUAUGGCUGGGGGGGUCCCUGGGCUGGGAAAUGUGUGGCGGUUCCCGUACCUCUGCUACAAGAACGGAGGUGGAGCCUUCCUCAUCCCCUACCUCAUCUUCCUCUUCACCUGCGGGAUCCCAGUGUUCUUCUUGGAAACGGCACUAGGGCAGUACACGAGCCAAGGAGGGGUGACAGCCUGGAGGAAGAUCUGCCCCAUCUUCGAAGGAAUUGGAUAUGCCUCGCAAGUCAUUGAGUCCUAUCUGGAUAUCUACUACAUCAUCAUCCUAUGCUGGGCACUCUUCUACCUGUUCAGCUCCUUUGCUGCUGUGCUGCCAUGGGCCAGUUGCGAUAACCCUUGGAACUCAGAUCUCUGUGUGGACUUUCUGAAUAGCUCCAGUUUGGACAACAGGACCGUGCCUGCGAACGCCACCUCCUCAGUGGUUGAGUUUUGGGAGUAUGUGAUCCCUUUCCCUCUAUACAGGCUCCUCUCUCAUCCAAAGGCCACAGGUGCAGGAAUAUGCCAGGGAGCAGCAGUGAGGCCAAGUGAGGUGCCAUGUGCCAGACCCACACAUCGGGAGCUCAGUGCACAGAACUGCCAAGGAGAUCAACACAGAGCCUGGAGGUCUGUGCAACACAUCCGAGGGGCACGAGUACUAGAUACACCUCAAAGGCUGCUCGCACAAUGCCUACGCAUGAGUGCUCAUGUACAUACACGCACAGGUGUGUUCUCUUUCUGGCAUGGCAGUGUCCACACACAGGUGCAUAGGAAGCGAGUGCUGGGGCUCACGGAUGGUAUUCACAAACUGGGCACUGUGCGCUGGGAGCUGGCUCUGUGUCUCCUGCUCGCAUGGAUCAUCUGCUACUUCUGCAUCUGGAAAGGGGUCAAGUCCACAGGCAAAGUUGUUUACUUCACUGCUACCUUCCCUUAUGUGAUGCUGGUGGUCCUGCUGGUGCGAGGAGUCACUCUGCCAGGUGCUGCUGAGGGCAUCCUCUUCUACCUGAAGCCAGACAUUUCCAGGCUUGCAGACCCGCAGGUCUGGAUGGAUGCAGGCACUCAGAUCUUAUUCUCUUAUGCCAUUUGUCAGGGAUGCCUGACAGCUCUGGGCAGCUACAACAAAUACACCAACAACUGUUACAGGGACUGCAUCAUGCUGUGUUUCCUGAACAGCGCCACCAGCUUUGUUGCUGGCUUUGCCAUUUUCUCUGUGCUGGGCUUCAUGGCUCAAAAGCAGGGUGUACCCAUUACAGAAGUGGCUGAGUCAGGUCCUGGCCUAGCUUUCAUAGCAUAUCCGACAGCAGUAACAAUGAUGCCUGCGUCUCAGCUCUGGUCCUGCCUCUUCUUCCUCAUGUUGAUCUUCUUGGGACUGGACAGUCAGUUUGUCUGUGUGGAAAGCAUGGUGACAGCUAUUAUUGACAUGUUUCCGGAAGUGUUUCGGAAGAAAGGGCGUCGAGAGCUGCUGAUCCUGGCCAUCGCAGUUAUAUGCUACCUGCUGGGCUUAUUGCUGGUCACUGAGGGGGGGAUGUACAUCUUCCAGCUCUUUGAUUAUUAUGCUGCCAGUGGUACCUGCAUGCUCUUUCUGGCUGUUUUCGAAACCAUCUGUGUAGGAUGGGUGUAUGGUGCGGACCGCUUCUAUGAUAACAUUGAGGACAUGAUUGGUUUCCGGCCGCAGCCCUUGAUUAAGAUAUGCUGGUUGGUGAUCGCUCCUGGCAUGUGCCUGGCGGUCUUCCUGUUUUCCCUGAUCAAGUACACGCCCUUGAAAUACAACAAUGUGUACGUGUACCCGCCUUGGGGCUAUGUGUUGGGCUGGCUGAUGGCACUCUCCUCCAUGAUCUGCGUCCCUCUCUACGCCAUCUUCAUCCUCCUGAAAACCAAGGGAACCCUGAAGCAGCGGCUAAUGCAGCUCAUUUCCCCAGCGGAGGAUCUGCCCCAGCCAAAGAAGAAGCAUGUGGCUAGUGUGUCCGAGCCCUGGGACAGCUGCUGGCCAGAGCACAAAGGACUGUCCCCUCCUGUCAAGGAGGUGCUCAGCAUCACCGAGAGAGAAACCCACUUGUAAAGCCCUGGGGAUGUCUCCUUCGUAUUCCGGAUUGAUUCCCUCUCUCCUUCAUGAAGCAGUUUCCUUUCUCUUCUGGGCUCUUCCCUUCUCUCCUUCACAUCUGAGACAAAAAAGCAUCUGGGACACCCUUUCCUGCUGGCUGGCUGGUGGCAUGGACUGGGCGAGCAUUUCUUUUGACACCUUGAAGAUGGAUCUCCCCGUCAGCACCUGGGGAGAGAGCAAAAUGAUUUUGUCAGAGAUGACCUCCAGUGCUGACACUGGGGAAAAAGAGGAAAUCAAAAAAGCAGCAAACCAAAAAGAAAAAAGUGAGGCCAUGCUGAGUGGAGGAAAGGAAACCAAAGUGGUAAGAGAGAGCAGAGAAUAAAGGUGUGCAGGAGCAAAGUCAGGGAUGCAAUGGCACAAAAUGAUGGGGCGUUAGCGCAGGAAACAACUGAGUUGGUUCAGAAGUACAUAAGAAGCCGGAGGAUGACAAAGGAAAGUGCAUUGCUAGGUCACCUACAUAUGAGAGAGAGAGAGAGAGAGAGAGAGAGAGAGCCAGCAACGCAUCAUAGGCAAUGAUAAAAGGAGGCUGCAGCAUUAGUAGUUACAGCUUCGGUUGUCACUAAAAAGGAGGAGAGCGACAGGGUGCUUAAUGUAAUCAUGGCUAUUAAUGAAGGAUCUCAAGGCAGUCUCAGGAUGGAAAGGGGAGAGGAACAGCUAUCUACAUGACUUGCUUUAUUCAAACCUGCAUGGUCCAGUGAAAGUGCAUCCAAGAAUGAAAUAGCUGAACCUUUGACCGUUCUUUCAGAAAAAUCAUGGAGUGCAGGAAAAGUCCCAGACCAGUCAGUUAAAAAUGAACUGUAGCACCGAAGGGAGAAAUGAAACCCCAGGGAUUGUACACCCACAAAUUUAACUGCACUGCCAGGGCAUUUUAUAGAGGAAUUAAUAAAGAGUUGAUGGGCCUCAUUUGUACUGUAGAGUAGCUUUAGGGUGAGGGUGGGAGAAGGAUUGCUCUCCCUCGGCUUUACUGCAGCUGACUGACUGCUCAAGGGAUAAGGAAGACAGAUAAUCAGACACAUUGAUCCUAAGCUCAGGAAAGAUAAAGGCAUAAUUAAUAGGUAAGAUGGGUUCAUUGGAAACAGAUUAUGUCAAAUUAAAGGUCUCUAGUUCCUAGGGUAGUCAUGAAUGUGACGCAAUGGCUGGGAGGUAUUUCGCUCGAAUGCGGCGUUUGGUAUGGUUUUAUACAGCAUUGUCCUGUGGAGACUGGGACUUUUUAGAGCGCGGCUGUAAAAUGCAAUGCCAAAGCCUACUUGAGCGCAUACUGGAAUUUCACAGUUAAAAUCACAGAAAAAGCCAAUGGUAGGUUCUCCUCAGGAGCUUUAAUGUGGUCUGUGGAACCCAUGCCGGUGGAUGCUAUGUUGCAGAAACGGUGUAUCAAACCACGCAGGAGAACUGUCAUUAAAAAGAAUCACAGAUGCCAUGG